AUGCAAAAUCCUCAUGAGCAACAACAGAUAGAUAUACUUCGGAGGAUCACCGCUACUGUCGAUAGGCUUAAUGAGAGUGUAGUGACAAUGAAUAAAGAACUCAAAGUGGCCAACAGCUAUUCGAAUAAAUUAAAGUUUAUAGGAGACUUAUCAGAACAUUACCAUGAGAGCACGCAGUUCAACUUAAAGGCUACUGGGCUGAAAAAAGAUCCUACAACGAAUUGA